ACAAAACGAAAUAAAUUUGACAUUUCGAUAAUUAAAUAAAUCUCGUGUAUUUCUAACACAAAACAAACACCAGUUUUUUGCGUUUAAAUAAUAAAGUUUUAAUUACUUUAGAAAGAAAUGUCUAAUUUUGAAUUGCUUAGCGAGCAGGGUUUACGCCUAGAUGGUCGUCGACCACAUGAACUUCGUUGCAUCAAGUGUAAACUUGGUGUAUUUGAGCAACCUGAUGGUAGUGCCUAUUUGGAACAAGGCAAUACAAAAGUGCUCGCCGCUGUUUAUGGCCCACAUCAGGCACAGAGUAACAAACUGGACCUUAAUGAAGUGUUUAUAAAUUGUCAAUAUAGUAUGGCGACAUUUUCUACAGCCGAACGGAAGAAUCGACCACGUGGAGAUCGUAAAUCUCAAGAGAUCACACUUUACCUACGCCAAGCACUUAGGGCUGCCAUAAAGACUGAACUAUAUCCACGCUCACAAAUUGAUGUGUUCGUGGAAGUGUUACAAGCUGAUGGCGCUAAUUACGCUGUUGCUUUAAAUGCCGCCACACUUGCGCUUGUUGAUGCUGGCAUUUGUCUGAAGGAAUACGUUGUGGCAUGCACGGCAUCAUUGAGUAAAAAUAACAUACCACUUACGGAUGUCUCACACGUGGAAGAGAUGUCGGGUGGACCCACAUUAACGGUCGCAUCGUUGCCGACAUCUAACAAGAUCGCAUUCAUGGAGAUGUCACAACGCUUUCAUCUCGAUAAUUUACCAGCUGUCAUGGAGCAGGCGUUGAACGGUUGCCGUGAAAUUCAAGCGAUAAUGGAAAAAGAAGUGCGGAAGCAUCUAAUGCAAAUGGGUUCUGCCGGAGAUUGGAGUAAUAUAGCUAAAUAAGUUGAAAGCCAAUUUAAUUGCAAUGUUGCAUAAAAUUAAAUAAUUUAGUUUAUGAAAUUAAAAUUAUUUUUGAUAGAUAUUUA